UUGCUAAUUACGGGAAGAGCUAGAAGGGAGGAGGCCGUCUACGUAUAGCCGCUUUGUCAGGACUGUCGGUGAGAGCGCAUCCACCUGCGGAGGGGGCUGGUGAGGCAGACCAUGAGCCGUAUAUUUAGAGAGGUCAAUUGCCCGCUCAAGCAGAUCAUAGAACAUCCAAACCUUCUACACACUGUGAUUACCAAUCGAGACCCGCAACCCUUUCGAAUGACCUUUUUACUAUACCACUUGGCAGCCAAGGUUUAUUCCGAUAUGAAACUCUUUGUUCCAUUUGCCAUGAUUGUGUGUGUUGCAUCUGCGUCCCCGAUCGGCGACGCAACCCCUCCUGAUAACACUCCCCUGUGCGGCUAUGUUCGCAUGGAAGAAGACUCUUGGUGGUCGGUAGGCCUACAGACGCAUGGUCGCUGUGAACCGAUCUGGGACAACCAGACCGCACUCAUCUACCGGAUCGAUCGAGAAGGAUGCGGAUGUGCUUUCUUCGUUGAUGAAGAGACUUGCAAAGGGCAGGGCGACCUCGUGCUACACAGAGGACCAAAGCUUGAGGAAAGUCGGUUCGUGGAGGAAGAGAAACCGGCAUGGGUAUUGUGCCAGGAGAUUCAGAAGUGACAGAGGAAUUGGACCAGGACUACUUGGCGCUGCCGGGCAGAAGAAGCUGGCACUUCCUUCCGGGGGAUCUCAGCAUUCCUGUAUAGGGAAGAUU